CCGCCCCCCGGCGCCCCCCGCCGCGCCACCCUCUGCGCCCCGCGGCGCCCCCCGGUCCCGCCCGCCAUGCCCGGCCCGGCCGCGGGCAGCAGGGCCCGGGUCUACGCCGAGGUGAACAGCCUGAGGAGCCGCGAGUACUGGGACUAUGAGGCGCACGUCCCGAGCUGGGGUAAUCAAGAUGAUUACCAACUGGUUCGAAAACUUGGUCGGGGAAAGUAUAGUGAAGUAUUUGAGGCCAUUAACAUCACCAACAACGAGAGAGUGGUUGUAAAAAUUCUCAAGCCAGUGAAGAAAAAGAAGAUAAAACGAGAGGUUAAGAUUCUGGAGAAUCUUCGUGGUGGAACAAAUAUCAUUAAGCUGGUUGACACUGUAAAGGACCCCGUGUCAAAGACACCAGCUUUGGUAUUUGAAUAUAUCAAUAAUACAGAUUUUAAGCAACUCUACCAGAUCCUGACAGACUUUGAUAUCCGGUUUUAUAUGUAUGAACUACUUAAAGCUCUGGAUUACUGCCACAGCAAGGGAAUCAUGCACAGAGAUGUGAAACCUCACAAUGUCAUGAUAGAUCACCAACAGAAAAAGCUGCGACUGAUUGAUUGGGGGCUGGCAGAGUUCUAUCAUCCUGCUCAGGAGUACAAUGUCCGUGUAGCCUCGAGGUACUUCAAAGGACCAGAGCUUCUUGUGGACUACCAGAUGUAUGAUUAUAGCUUGGACAUGUGGAGUUUGGGCUGCAUGUUAGCAAGCAUGAUCUUUCGAAAGGAACCCUUCUUCCACGGACAGGACAACUAUGACCAGCUUGUUCGCAUUGCCAAGGUUCUGGGUACAGAUGAGCUGUAUGGGUAUCUGAAGAAGUAUCACAUAGACCUAGAUCCACAUUUCAACGAUAUCCUGGGACAACACUCACGGAAACGCUGGGAAAACUUUAUCCACAGUGAGAACAGACACCUUGUCAGUCCUGAGGCCCUAGAUCUUUUGGACAAACUUCUGCGAUACGACCAUCAACAGAGACUGACCGCCAAGGAGGCCAUGGAGCACCCGUACUUCUACGCUGUGGUGAAGGAGCAGUCCCAGCCUUCUGCAGAUAACACUGUGCUUUCCAGUGGUCUCACAACUGCACGAUGAAGACUGGGAAGCGACGGGUAAUGCGUCAUUGAUGCUUGCCAAUAAAACCAACCAACCAAAACACACAUCCUUGAAGGAAAACUACAGUGUGAUAAAAAGAAAUUGUAAUCAUUCCUUCUAAAUGCAAAGAAGAGUAAAGACCUAAAAGUCUGUCAAAAAGAAAGAAAGAAAGAAAGAAAGAAACUCCCCAGUACUAGUCUACAGGGAGCUGCCGCUCUGGCAGCAUGAUGAUGCGCAUAGUUCAGGAUCUGAGGGAAGCUCCCUCUGGAAUGCAUGGGAGAUGAGAGACUCGGAGUUGUUGUGCAUUACCUGCUUUAACAGGAGACCACUGUUGAAUUAACCCCUUCAGUCAACAAGCUCUGAAUAUCUGACUUCCUGUCUAUUCCAUUGUGGUCUGGGUUUCCUUUGGUGAGAUUCAGGCUCAAGUUAUAGCAAAAUGUCAGCAGUCUACACUGACACACCAGCCUCAUUUGUGAAAAGGAGAUAUUAAACAGUGACAGUAUUUCUUUUUUUUUUUUUUUUAAAGCUCUUUUAAAAUUCAUGUUUUAUGUAUUUUUUAUGACAUGAGCUCUCCAGGAAAUGUACCUCAUCCCUGCAGUUUUCCUCCAAGUGUAUUCAUAUGGGAGCAAACUGUAAUCACUUCACAAAAGAGUCCUCUUUGAUGUCAGGUGGCAUCACUAAACCUUGCGGUGCCACAAAUAGGUCAUCAGUCUCAUUGAAAGUUAGAUGCUAAGUGAUAACUCAAAGUGUAACCUUUGUCGAUUUGCCUAACCAUAAAAAUCUUGUUGCUAUUUUUUCAUUUACCCUUUUUUUCCCAGCCUUGUAAGGAAAACAAACCACUUUCCAGCACAUACCUAUAUGUGCACCUGUUUUAAUGCACCUCUUUGAAACAGACUUUUUGUUCACGCCCAUAGCUAAAGCUGGAAAGUCAGUCUUCAGGCAGGUCAGGGAAGGAGAAGAAUAUCCCAUUAGAGUUUAUUCAGAAAAGAUUUAUUGGGUGAAAGUUAUAUACCCCUCCCUCCUUUUCUUCCCUCUUUUUUAUCCCCCUGAGAGAAAUAAUUUCCUGCUGUAAUCAGGGUAACACAUUUUUAAGCUCUGAUAUGUGAUGCUUAUUGUGAUGAGAAAGACAAGUCUUUCGCAUGCAAGGUGCUGGAGUUGUGUGGCAGGGCCACUCGAGUGACUGAAAGGAGAGGAGUUUACCAGGGGCUUGGGGAAGGAAGCAGAUCUACUGGCACAAAGGUUAAAGGUUUGGAUCCAUCAUGCUAGCCUGUACAUUAGCAAAGGAGGCUAGGUUUAAAAAAAAAAAAAAAAAAAAUAGGGUUAAUUUCAUUUUGGGA